AUGUUUCCACCGGAGGAUGCGCUACCACUCAGGAUACGAGACCAUCCUCGCUAUCACGAGAUCGCCAGCGGCUAUAACUUGUGCCGAAACCUUGAAUGGAGCAUUCAACGCGAGAUUGACCUGGGAAAAGACUUGGAGAAGGACUUGAUUCACUGUAGAAUCCUGGGCUACCUCUUUCAUUAUUUUCCCGCUCGCGACAUCAAACCAUUUGUCAGGGAGAUCGUAACAACCAACGGUCGGCCGCGCGAACUACUCCAGUUAGGGGAGUUCUAUUAUGAUUUCUUCAUUCGAUCGUUCAAAUCUAACGAAGGGAAAUCACCGCCAUCGUCGUCUCCCCUGUCACCGCACCCAUCUGAUAAUGUCGCCCAGCUGAUAGAGUGUAUACUACAGGAGGCCCCUCAAGAUCGUCGAACGGCUAAAAAACAUGCUCUUGUUAGAGACAGCUUUCAGUGUCCUGUUACGAAGGUGUAUGAUUGGGACGCCGUCAUGUGCAGCGAAGAGAUGGAAAUGAAGAUUACGUGCGAAGGAGCGGAGGGAGGGUUCACUCAGUGUGUUCACAUCUUUCUAGAGUUUACCAAUGCAAAUAUCACACCAGACUCGACCGAAUUCUGGGCGACGUAUGCUGCUUCCGUUUGGGGGGUCCUUGACCGCUUUGGUUACUCGGCAUUACGGGAGGAGCUCAAUGGUCCCAAUAUACAUCGACUGGAAAACAUAGUGACAAUGGAAAAAUCGCUUCGUAUCCAUUUUGAUCGGUUAUGGAUUUGGUUCACUGCAACGGAGGAACCCAAUACGUAUAAACUCGAAGAAAUUCGUGACUGGCUUAUUUCCCGGUACCCGAACCCAACUUACCUCUCUAUUCACGCGGCCUGUGCCAAAAUUGCCCAUGUCUCCGGUGCAGGUAGAUACAUUGAGAAAAUAUUUAGAUGCAUGGCAGAUGUUCGUGCCUUGUCGGAGGGUGGAGGGUCGGCAGAGCUUUUGGAUGAAGCAAUUCUGUCUUCGAUGCAUGCUAUUCCAGUCUGA